AUGUCUGUCUCAAAGCCUCGUGUACUCUUCGUCCUAACAUCUCACAGCGCACUGGGCACGUCCGGCAAGCCUACUGGCUGGUAUCUGCCCGAGUUCGCACACCCGUAUCACCAACUGCAAAAGGUCGCGGAUAUCACGGUGGCAUCCCCAGCAGGUGGUGCAGCACCUGUUGACCCGGGCUCGGUCGAAAGCUGGAAGCAGGACGAGGUUUCUAGUCAGUUCUGGGAGAAGCAAUCUGCUCUCUGGAAGAACACAGAGAAGCUCUCAAAUUUCUUGGGCAAGGCCCCAGACUUCGUCGCAAUCUUCUAUGUGGGAGGCCACGGUCCGAUGUACGACCUUGCAACGGAUGCAGACUCGAUCCAGCUCAUUCGAGAAUUCUUUGAAAGCGGCAAAGUUGUCGGCGCCGUCUGCCACGGUUCCGCUGCCCUGGUCAACGUCAAACUCUCGGAUGGCAGCUACCUGGUGGCAGAUGCAGAGGUGACAGGCUUCUCCAACGACGAGGAGGACCAAAUUGGAUUGUCCCAGUUCAUGCCGUUCAUGCUGGAGACGGAGCUUAACAAACUCAGUAAUGGGAAGUAUAUUAAAGCGGACAGGCCUUGGGGCGAGUGUGUCGCCGUGUCGAAGGGUGGACGACUGAUUACCGGCCAGAACCCUAUGAGUGCUACAGCAACAGGCAAUGCACUUGUCAGUGCAAUUAGCAAGCGAUAG